UCGUUCCAUUUGAAGGUGUAGUCGCAUUUGAACGCUGGACACCGGUGCGAAAGCCCGCUCGAUUCCCCGCAUCUCCGACAAGCGGGCUACGCAAGGGUCCAACCAUGCUAACCUACCGUUCGCAGGCGCUGGGCCUAAACUUUCUCCUCUUUCAUAGCGGAUGAACAUUAGUCCUCGCCCUUCCAAUCCGCCCCCAGCCACCACAGUUGCUACAGCACCAGGCGGCCCGUUCGGAAAAGCGGUUGAAACUCCCAAUCCUGUUCCACCAGUUCCCAUGCUGCGUCUCCUCAAUCAGCGCGCCCGACCGCGUCUCACUCGUCUCUUUCCUCUUCUUAACCGCAUCCUGGAAGCGCUGAAGUUCCGCUUGCACGCUGCUCUUCUUCUGUUCCUCCCGCUCAAGCACCGCCUCCGCGCGUUCCCCGUCGAAAUGGUACCCGGCUUGUUCCAGGACCCGGGACUUCGCUCCCGCAACUUCGGCUGCCCUGGCCAGAUGAAGUUGGGCAUUCAAAAUAGCGCGGUCCGCUUCAAGUUGAUCUAUGACAGCCGUGAUCUCGUCCUCGAGCUUGUCGGCGCUAGUCGGGAAGCGUGUGGCGAUAUCGUCCCUCGAAUGUGUCGUUGGCGAGCGCGCAUAUAAAAAGGCGCAGAGUCCGCUGCGAAAGGCGCUGCUUAGGCUUUGGCGGCGACUUCGGCGGGGUUUUCCGUAUAGUCGAUGCCUGCAUGGCUUGUUGUUGACUGGCGUGCUAAUGCGGAAUUGGCUUGUUUGUUUG